GCUACUGCCGCUACUGCCGCUGCUGCUACCUCUGCCGAUAUACGUAGCUCUAUAGCUCCAUAGCAUAGCUUCUAUAGCUUCUGUGCCGUUCCCGUCGCCUAGUGGGCAGCUCAGUUACAAGACCAUUAUUUGACGUAUUUUUUGCGCGCUCGCUUGGUCGUUUGGUUGGUUAGUCGCUCUCUCGCUCGCUGGAUCGUAUCGUAUCGUAUCGCACCGCAUCGCAUCGGUUAUAUCCAUAGCUAUAGCUAUAGCUAUAGCUCAAGCCCAAGCACAGGCCCAGCGCCCAGGCCCCCCUCUUAUUCGCUUCAAUGUGGAGCAGCAGUUGCGCUCCGUUCGUGGACCGGGCACGGGUAUCGCAUUCAUGAGCUGGCUCAUUGGCAAUCAUUUGGAUUCGUACGCCAGUCAGACCGGUGGCCACCUCACUCAUCCAGGCGGCCAGAUGCCAUCGAUCGCGCGUGCAAAGUGCUCACCCGCAAUCCAUAUCGAAUCGCGAGAAUACCCAAGUGCUAGUGAUCAAUAAAAACAACAACAACAACAACAACAGAGGGGAAUAAAAAAAAAAAACAGAGCCAAGGAAUUGAAUUAGUGACUAAAAAACCAGUGUAGUGCCCAGCAAGAUUGCUUCGUUUCGGUGGAGAAUAGUAUGCCAAUUUGUUCACAGUGGAUUCAACGAAUAAAAUGGCCGUUGGACCGACGGAGGGCAAACACCCGCCCUCAGAGAGCUUCUCGCCCACGCACCACCAGAUUAUAGCACCCAGCCCCAUCCUGGCCGUGCCCACGCUGGCCUUCUCCGCCGCCCAGGUGGAGAUCGUGUGCAAGACGCUCGAGGACUCCGGCGACAUCGAACGCUUGGCCCGCUUCCUGUGGAGCCUGCCGGUGGCCCUGCCCAACAUGCACGAGAUCCUCAACUGCGAGGCGGUGCUCCGGGCCCGCGCAGUGGUCGCCUACCAUGUGGGCAACUUCAGGGAACUUUAUGCAAUAAUAGAGAAUCAUAAGUUUACUAAGGCGUCCUACGGCAAACUGCAGGCCAUGUGGCUGGAGGCCCACUACAUUGAGGCCGAAAAGCUGCGCGGUCGAUCACUGGGCCCCGUGGACAAGUAUCGGGUGCGAAAGAAGUUCCCACUGCCGCCGACGAUCUGGGAUGGCGAGCAGAAGACGCACUGCUUCAAGGAGCGCACGCGGAGCCUACUGCGCGAAUGGUACCUACAGGAUCCCUAUCCGAAUCCCACCAAGAAGCGGGAGCUGGCCAAGGCCACCGGCCUGAAUCCCACGCAAGUGGGCAACUGGUUCAAGAACCGACGCCAGCGGGAUCGGGCUGCUGCGGCCAAGAAUCGCAUCCAGCACAGCCAGAACAACUCGGGGAUGGGCUGUCGCAGCCGGCGGGCGGACGGAGCGGCCUCGCCGACGCCCUCGGACAGCUCCGACUCGGACAUCUCGCUGGGCACCCACUCGCCGGUGCCCAGCAGCCUGCAGCUGCAGCACAGUCCGGGCAGCACCUCCAACGGGGCCAACGACCGCGAGGAGAGUCUGAGCGUGGACGACGACAAGCCGCGGGAUUUAAGCGGUGCGCUGCCGUUGCCACUAGCGCUGCCCCUGCCGCUGGCCUCGCCCAACCACACGCCGCCCCAGCUGCCGGGGGCGGGAUAUGGGGGUGGACCGGGCGGAGGUGGAGGCGGAGGACCGCUGACUGCGCCCGGCUGCCUGCCGCCCUUCAAACUGGACGCGGCCACCAGCCUGUUCAGCGCCGGCUGUUACCUGCAGAGCUUCAGCAACCUGAAGGAGAUGACCCAGCAGUUCCCCAUCCAGCCGAUCGUCCUGCGUCCGCAUCCGCAGCUGCCGCAGCCAUUGGCCCUGAACGGAGGCUCCGGCGGACCACCGCUGCACCAUCCGGCCUACGCGGCUGCAUACAGCGUGGAGUGUGUGGCGGGCCAUGGACCGCCGCAUCCGCCGCCCAAGCUGAGGAUCAACUCACCCGAGAAGCUCAACUCCACGGCGGUAGCGGCGGCGGCGGUAUCCGUAGCACCCGGUGGUGGCGGCCAUCACCAUGAGCCCACCACAACGGGCUACCAUCACAGUGGCCAGCUGCUGUUGCACCGACCCUUCUCCACGUCGCCGGAACUCAAGCACAGUGCGCCCGAGAUCACAUGAUAUCAGCGGGUCUGAGGUGUCCACCUAUAAGCCCACCCAUCCACCCAGCCCCCAUCCCCCAUCCCUCAUCCUGAUCCUCAUCCUCAUCCUCAUCCUCAACCGCAUUAUCCCCGAAGCACUAAGGCCCAGCUAUUCAGAUUGUUUCAAUUGUAUUUCUAAGUUAGCCCGUAGUCAAGCUGAGUUCGAGCAAUAUUCGAUUUCGGAACUGUUUCCUAUAUCAUGACCCAUAAAUUACCUAUACCAUACCGUUAUCCAGCAGCAGCA